UAUAAAACUUGAUAGCGAAAGCUGUCAAGAAAUGAAUUGUUUUUAGUUUUUACUUUUAUAUUUACACUUUUACUAAUGAAAUUAUUUUAUUUGUACAUUUUUAAUGAAUUUUUGUGAAAUGAUUGCAAUGAAUUUGUAUUUGGUUGGCAUCACCACAUUUACUUGUUUUGCAUAUAUUGAACCAGCAAAACAUGAUUUUGAUUUACUUAUAUUUACACAAAACUGGCCUGAAACAACUUGUAAGGAAUGGAAAAAAAUGGACCCAACUCACAAGUGUGCCAUGCCACGCAAAACUGAUGCCUGGUCUAUACACGGAAUUUGGCCUACAAAGCUAGGAACAAUUGGGCCUUCAUUCUGCAAUCGCACAUGGAUGUUUGAUCCUGAAAAAAUAAGGCCAAUAGAGGAUGAACUAGAAGAAGAAUGGACUAAUGUUUUUAAUGGUACUUCAGUCUACUCUUUGUGGGCUCAUGAAUGGGCCAAACAUGGCACUUGUGCUGCUGUGUUAGAACCUCUAAACUCUGAAUACAAAUACUUCUCAAUGGGUCUUCAUUGGUUGGGAAAAUAUUCCAUGGCAAACAUUCUUAGAAAUGAAAACAUAGUACCAUCAAACACUGAAGAGUAUCAUAUAAAUGAUAUUAACAAUGCUAUUAUAAAGGAACUUGGAACAGAUCCAGCCAUUGAGUGUAGGAUUAUGGAUGGUGAGAGUUAUUUGUCUGAAAUUCGCAUUUGUUUUACAAAAGAUCUCCAAUUGUCACACUGUGACGGAGUUUUGGAUCGUGUCAAUUAUGACGAGCAUUCAAUAAUAACAAAUUGUAAUCCAAUGAAGACCAUUUUUUAUCCCCAUUAUAAGGUACAAAGUGUAUACAUGCAACUUUACAGGUUGGUUACGUGGUUACAGUGGUUUACAUUGUAACAUUAUUUAUAUAUUAUAAUGAAUUUUUAAUAUAACAUUUAAUUAUUUAUAUACUUAGAAACUACACUUUGACAAUUGUAAUAAAUUGUUGUAUUCUGUAAUGAAUUAUAAUUUUUAAUGAAAUAAUAAUUUAUAUAUUUUUUUCUAACAUUGAUGAUGAUAAUAUUUAAUAUCAAAUUAAUAAUAACUUUAUAAAUACUUGAACUUUUCAUAUUUUACUUUAAUAUCUUCUCUUAAGUUUACAUUGUACAUAUUUUGUCAUGAUUUUUUACUAUUAAAUGCACUAUUUGCAUAAUAUUUUAUAUAUUGAUAAUAUUUUUUAUGUUCAACGUAUUGCAAUGAAAUAUGUUUUAUAUCUUAGGACGUAAUGAAAUAAAAAGAUCCUUUUUUAAA